AUGUGUCGGGUCCCUUUCCAACUGAGGCUCUUCGGGCCGUGGCUCGCCGCCGCUACGGUCCUGGUCCUCGGCCAGGACGCAGCAGAUAAGGCAAAGUUUGGUGACCCUAUCAACGUCCUCGGCAGUAUGGAAAGAACCGACCAAGACUUCCAAGAUGGCUUAGCUCUAGAUCUCUUCUCGCCCAAAAACCGCACGCUGGUCGUCCAACAGAACCUCAUGCCGCUACCGGGCAACUUCGUGACGGGCACCACGGGUGGACCCUUCAUGGCGCUGCAGAACUACUCGUACGUCAUCAGCCUCAACGAGUCGGCAAACGACCUCAUCGCCAAGAUCGAGAUCCCCUACGACCCAACGGCGCUCGCCUCGAUCGGUAUCCAGGAGAGCAACACGUAUGUCGGUACAUUGGCUGGUGAUAAGAAAAGCUGGAUCGUCAACGAUGCGACGCGCAACGUGCACAGAGAGGAGAACAAUACCCGCAUUAUCAAGAUGACGUCGCUCCAGGGCGAGUAUAUCCUGCUUGGACGGAAGACGGAGGAUACGGCCAACGAGUUUGUGCAGUAUGGCCAGGGGGCUACAAGGACGGUCAACGUCACGGCGGGAAACCGACAGGAAGCUGAGUUCAUCGACGGCUUGCGGCUAAGUGUUGUGCCGAGUACCGACAUGGGCAUCAACAUCGACAUUGUCAAUGGAAUUUCGCCAAAGGCUGUUCCGCCGGGGUUGGUGCCGGUUAACAGCUUUGCUUGGGUUGUCAACUCGAGUUCCCCUGGUGCGCCUAUGCUUGCAGAUAUGAAGUUUCCGUUCAAUCCUUCUAUGCUUUCCGCCGUUCGAGGGUUCGUUCAGCCGGCCCCAGUCAGGGUAGCGAAGAAGGCACUUGGAACCACCGCUGACGUACCAUUCCAACUCAUGGCUGGUGAAAUUAUUGGGAUCUUGCCAGACAACUCGGUUACUAUUCCGAAUGUGACCCAAGUAGACGGGCAGUACGUACUACUUAUGGUAUCAUAG